CGAACCACCGACCAGUGUUAACCGAAUCGAACCACCGACGUUGUUUUUUAAGUGUUCGCCUCGUAGGAAAAUAGGAAACAAAUAUUAAGCAAGUUAACAACAAAUUAUUUAUAAAUUAGUGGAAUAAUCAAUAGAGAAUUAAUACGUGGUCAAUCUUAUUUCGAUAACUGGAAGAUUCUUUGAAAUUUUAACAAAAACUCUAAAGAAAAAAGGAAAACAUGUCUGAAGCAGAACUACAAGAAACCAACGGAGGAACUUCUAAUGGCGACGUUCCAGAAAUUGAAUUGAUUAUUAAGGCAUCGACUAUCGAUGGACGCCGUAAGGGAGCGUGUCUUUUCUGCCAGGAAUACUUUAUGGAUUUGUAUCUGCUGGCCGAAUUGAAGACCAUCAGCUUAAAAGUGACAACAGUUGAUAUGCAGAAACCACCUCCAGAUUUUCGCACCAACUUUGAAGCAACUCAUCCGCCAAUUUUGAUUGACAACGGUUUGGCCAUAUUGGAGAACGAUAAAAUCGAAAGACACAUUAUGAAGAAUAUCCCUGGUGGAUAUAAUCUCUUUGUGCAGGACAAGGAAGUUGCCACACUAAUUGAGAAUCUUUAUGUGAAACUUAAGCUGAUGUUGGUCAAAAAGGACGACGCUAAAAACAAUGCCUUAUUGUCACACUUGAAGAAAAUCAAUGAUCAUCUUGCCAACCGUAAUACACGAUUCCUUACAGGAGACACCAUGUGCUGCUUUGACUGUGAGUUGAUGCCACGUUUGCAACACAUUCGAGUGGCAGGCAAAUAUUUCGUGGAUUUUGAAAUACCAACUCACUACACAGCCCUGUGGAGAUACAUGUACCACAUGUAUCAAUUGGAUGCCUUCACCCAAUCCUGUCCGGCCGAUCAGGACAUUAUCAAUCAUUACAAACUGCAACAAAUGCUAAAAAUGAAGAAACACGAAGAGUUGGAAACACCUACUUUCACCACAUCCAUUCCAAUUGAUAUUUCGGAAUAAGAUUAUUCGUAGUAGUAGUUUCCCUCCAAUUCAAUCCAAUGAACUACGAGUAUUCACAUACACUUAUUUGUUUUCUUUUUUUUGCGCUUUAUUUAGUAGUUCUUAUUUUACCCCACCCACUUUUUGAGUAGUGCAAACUGACAAGAUUAUUUAUAUAUGUCUAUGUAAUAAUUUUCUCCGCGCGGAUACCAUAUAAUGUGUAAAGUAUGAGAAUUACACAGAGUUUUUUUGUAUUUUUUUUUUUGCUGAUAGAGACCUUGAUUUGUUUUUUUUAUCCAUAUGAUUGAUUGUUAAUAUGUAUUAAGUUUUUUAUUACAUCUAAUGUUCCUCAGCUCACUGAAUCUUCCAGCUGGAGAAGCUGAUCUUUUGAUGAAUGGGCUUCAAUGGGGAAAUUUCCUCCUCGACAAUUCACACAUGACUCUUAACGAUAUCUUAAUGACCAUUCAUUUUCUACCGCAUUUGUACUAACAAAAAGUGUAUUUUUUAACAUUAUUUUUACUUCAUACCAAUUUAUUAAAAACAAAAGAAUAUAAUUGCAUAUAACUUUUUUUGUAUAUACACAUACAAUUAUAAAAAACAACAAAAUAAAGUAUUUCUUAUAUUUGAUACUAAA